UUGCAUGACUGUACCAAUAAUAAUACUUAUAAUAUAAAGGAUUAAAAUCGCUAUAAAUUCAGGAAAAAGAACAUGUCUUAUUUAUUAUAGAAAAAUGAAAAGUUUGCUUGUUGUCUUUGUUUUGGUUGCAGUUCUGGUGAGCCACAAGGUCGCCAUCGCUCAAAUUCCGGGAAUGCCAGGUGGAGGCGGCAUGGGACAAAUGGGCGGCAUGGGAGGCAUGGGAGCUCAAGGAGGUUUCGGAAUCGGAUUUAAUGCGGGAGCGAGUGCCGGGGCGGGAGGCGGCGCCGGCGGCGGUGCAGGAGCCGGGGGCGGUGCAAGUCGAAGAAAAUGAUCCUGUCACUCGGUCGAAUUGAAUAAAUAAAAUAUAUUUCGAGUUAAA